GUGUGGGUCGGCUGCCUGGGCGCCCUCCGCGGCCGCCCCUCCGUGCUCGCGCAGGAGAUGACGAGGGCCGUGCACGCACUGCCGGGCAUCCGUGAGCAGUUCGCCGACGACCCAGUCACCAGCGUCAGCAUUGACGAGGGCAACGGCUGGGCAUUCGUCGAGCUGGCCAGCAGGGAGCUGGCUGGCGCUCUGGUCUCAGUGGGCCGGCUGUGGCUGAGCAGCGGGGGGCGAGUGAGCGUGGGAUGGCCGGCGGCCCAGGCGCAGCGAGCGCCAGCACGCCUGGCCUCCCCGGACCCGGCCAGGCGUCAGCCCGGGGCCGGGCACGCCGCCGCGCCAGACUGCGGCGUCGACCUCUGGCUGGGGGCCCCGCCGGAGAGCGCCAUCGGGGAGAGGCUGGACUGCGAGAUCUACAUGCGCUGCGCCGGCAGGCUCGAGUCGAUGCCCGUGUGGUACGCGCUCCUGGAGCUCUUCCAGUCCCUGCCCGCCUACCACCUCGCGUACGGCGACCGGGCCGCCGGCCAUCGGCACCUGCUGCUAUUUGUGUUCGGGCGCUGCCCUGCUGGCAACGGCUGGCGCCUCUGCAGCCUCACGAGAGGGGUCCCACCGCGCCUCGGGUUUCCAGUCGGGCACGUCCUGCGGAGGCGGCUCCUGGAAGGAGAGCAGCGGUGUCGGCACCUUUGGGUCUCCCCAGCACCGGCCAGGAUCUCGAUCAGGGGCAGCGACAGACUGGCCCCUGCAUGGACUCGCAGCGUCGUCAACCCCAUCGCAGUGGCUGAGAGACUGGACCAAGGCGCCCAUAGCCUCGCCGUGCCCCUCGAGCUGGUCGACCUCGCGAUCCAGGCACACGUCUUUCUUACGGCGGUCUUGGACAGCCCGUGGUGUUGCGUUAUCGGGAAGGCCUACUUGGCGGAGGAAGGCUUUCCGACGCUUCUCGAAACGCUUGUGCUCGACGAAGGCCUCCUGCAAUGGUUGAGCUGCUACAGUACAGUCGUCGGCGAGACCGUUGAAGGCGAGAAGAACAGCUCGUUCAGCUUCAACGACAUGAGGGCGCUGGCUGACGCUGAUCCGUCGCGCAUUGCUGUCACAACGCUUUCGGGACUCAAGAAUACCAUGCUCAAGGUCAGCCCCGGUAACCAGAUCGCGAUUGCCAUCGCUUCCGCUCAGGGAGAUGUCAAUGACAGCUGGGGCGCUGCCUUCGCGCCCGCGAUGCCCAAGGAGAAGGCAAAGCAAAUUGUUGACCGGAUCUGCAAGGCGAACAAGAAGGGCGGCGCACGCAAGGGCACGGGCACUCCCUCGAGCGCGAAGAUCGUGGAGGUCGAGCCCAGCACACCGAAGACGAAGAAGCUAGAGGCCGGCGGCGAAGGGAUGUGGAUCGCGGGCCAGAAUGUGGAGCUAGGACGUCCAGGGGCCAGCGACGACGACCACGGCGGCCGCGGCGACGCCGACGGCGACGCCCACGGCGGCCACGGCGGCGGCGGAGGCGCCAGACGACCCGAGGCCCACGGCCCGGAGGCGCCGCUGCCGGAGGCCGACGGCGGCGGCCCCGCGCCAGCCGGGGGCCUCACGGCCACCCUGUGGGUGGGCAACCUGCAGCCCUCGGAGUCCAAGCAGGGCGCGCGCGAGCGGCAGCUGCGGGCGCACGUCGCGGGCUGCCUGCCCGAGGGGCAGGGGGCGCAGAUCCGGAAGGUUACUAUGCACCGCAGUGGGCGCUGCGCGUUCCUGGAUCUGAACAACGCGGAGAUUGCGAACAAGAUCGUAGCCGCACUCAAGGGUAGCGAAUUCGACGGGGCUACCUUGGCGAGCCGGCUGGUCCAGGUGAGGCGCCACUCCCCGAGCUGCGACGCCAUUGGCGAGGCCCAGAAGAAGACGAAGAAGCGCCGCUCCAGCGCGGCGCCCAAGGAGGAGGCCUCCGACGCCGAGGCGUCGCCCAAGGAGGAGGCGUCUGACGCAGAUGCGUCCAGCGCCGCGGGGGAGCCCAGCACGGGCGGGGGCUGCCCGCCGCCGGAGGCCGCCGAGGAGAAGCAGGAGCAGGGUGCAGAGGCGUCGCCAGCGGAGGAUCCGCCUCUGGAGGUGCAGGCGGCGUUGAGUUCGAGCUCGUGGAGUCCGGAGGUCGACGACGAGCCCGCGGAAGAGUCACGGGUCGAGGCCAGGCAGGACGAGCCCAUGGAGGUCGAGGUCGAGGUCGAGGCACGGCAGGAGCCCGCACCCGCGGCCGAACCCGAGGUGGCGGAGUGGCCGGGCGGGGCGGCGCCACAGGAGGCCUCGCCCCUGGUCGAGCCCGGCGCCGCGGGGGGGACGGGCGAGGGCGAGCCCACGGAGGAGGCCGCGCCCCACGCCGACCUCGAGGCCGCGGGGGCGACGGCCGCGGAGGCCGCGGCCCUGGCCGAUGCCUAUGUGCUGGCGGAGGUCUAGCGGAGUCAGCCUCGACUGGGCCGUGGGCGCGGCCCUGGGCGCGCUCGUCCGAGGGCCGCCGCGCGCCGGCUCCGGACGGCUCUCGUGCCCCUGUGCCUUGGACCUCGGCGCCGCGGGAGGAGCGGCGUGCCUCGGGCGAGGGCCGCGGCUCCGAGCGUGCUCCGGGGGGGGGCGGGCGGGCCGCACGCUCUGUCGUCCGCGACGGUCUGAGGCCAAGUGCAGGCGCCGUGGCGGACCAUCUGUUUGAUUUAUGUAGCUAGGUUUGCCCGGCUAGGGGACGAGUCAGGCGUAAUUCAAUAGGCCAGUGUAGUUGUUGAUAUGCGUGUCGUGGAAUCAAUUGCCUGGUGGCCGCUAGUGCCAUGCUGUCGAGUCUGGUCGGGUUACUCCCAGUGCGUACAUCCUUGUUUUGUUUGUUGGGGGGGGUGCACCUCGAGUGCUUAUUGGUGCCAGCCUCCGCCUCGUCGUCCUGCUUCUCGUGCCCGUCCUACCUUUCUUCGUGUGCACGUUCCUCCGAAAGCGUGGCGCAGUGGCGUCCU